AUGCCCAAACCCUCCACCUACCAAGCGUUACCAAAGGAUGACAUCCCCGCCAACUCCAAGAUGAACGCCGCCUCGUCGAACCACACCUCCACCACCGGUCUUCCACCCAACAUCUUCGCUGCACCAGCUAAAGUUCCUGCGGGGUCUGGGCUGAGCGAGGUGGAGAAGAAGGAGACGAAGGAGACGAACCCGGAGUUGGUUGCGGCUAUGGAAAAGCCGGAGGCGGGUACAGUGGUGGAAUGGAAGGAGGUGGAGGCAUUGCGGGCGAAGAAGCGGGAGGAGGUGGAGGCAUUGGCGGAGGAGUGGGAGAAGAAGAAAAAGAAGAAGAAGAAGAAGGAAGAGGAGAAAAGGAAGAGGAGGAGGGGGAGGAGGACAGCACCGAAGACGACUGGGACAGCCUCGCGGGCAAUCCAGACUCCAGCGACAUGGAGGACCAAGAAGGCGAGAUGGUAG